GGUUUGGGGAAGUCCUGGAUAUCUUAACUAAGCGAUAAUUACAGUCUGUCCCACGCAGCGAGAUUGGCGAUUGGCCGAGUGUUUGCAAAUUUUGUUUCACAAAUAUAUCAUCCAACAACAACCCCUCUUCUGCGCGAGUUUUGCACUUCUCGCAGGCCAAUAAUGCCAUCGCAGAACAAGAACCUUGCCUUGAGCAUGUGCUUGGCGUGUUCACGCUUCUCGCGCUUGCGAAUUUUGCAGGUGGUGGCCUUGGCCGUGUAACAUUGAUACACCCAUGACAACAGACUUAUCCGCCGAAGCAUCACAGAUCAACAGCUCAACCUCGAUGCCUGAGCCUGAUAGGACGCCGACAGCUGGCGCGCGGUCAGCAAUUGCCCGUUGUGCAUCUUUUGCAAUCAGGAAUUGAGUUUUCGCUUGUUAUUUGAGAUGUGUUCGAAUGGGAUUUCAAAACUUAGCAACACCCAAUUGCGACUGAGAAAUUAGUCGGAUCCAUGCUUAUUCUUGUUGUGGAUUGUGGAAUGGAUAAUGGAGACGCGCUGUCCCGGCAUCGAAAUAAUCAUAUCCACAGGCACCUUCCAGCCCUCUAGUCUGAUCUGUCGGCGGUUUCUCCUCGUUGGCUUGUUAUGAAGCUUUUUCUGGGCCCGAGGUAGCUGUUGCUAGGGCCCUGCAGCGAAGUGUGAAGCUGGGUCAGAACCCAACAACCAACACGCGCGGUGUGGAUUUGUUCAACCCCUGCCUAGUACCGCCCUGCUCCACUCAAGCGACAAUGGAUUCACACGGAGAUUGUGCUGGCUGGGUACCGAAUUGUCGUAAUCGACUAGGUUCCUGCGUUUGGACACCUUGCCCGGGCGCUGUCAGAUACGACACGCCCAUCAGCAGCCUCUUUUUACAAAACUUAAAAAAGGUAGAAUGCCCAUCUCCUCCAGUUGUUGAAUAACAACGAUGGGAUUUAUUUUUGCGGCUGCUGCCAUUGCUCACGAAAGUGUUCUUAGGAUCAAAUGGUUCUCCGCUGACGGAUCCGACACUACGACUACUUCUAGUUGGAGUGGUCAGGGGCACCUUUACACGAAAGUUUCCCUUUAACGGCUGUAGAUAUGCCUUCGUCCGUUUGAGAGUUGAGGAGGGACGAGAAAAAAAAAAAAGAAAAAGAAAAGAAAAAAGAGGCAAUAGGGAAGCGACAACGAAAAGGAGAGGAACAGAAUGCUCUUUCUCCUCACUAGUGAGUAUUCCUCAUCUCGCAGUAUCAUAAUUCAAAUGUCCUCGUUUGCCGCUUUAGUCCGUACUUGGUACUCGUGUCCCUUGCUGGCUUUUCUUUCUUAUUUAUUUCCUGACUUCCUAGGUGGUCCCGCGGUUUCAUACUUUUGUGGGGAGCUGCCAAAGCAGACCAGUUUCGUGGAUACAUCCGGUGGCUUGAGAAUUGAUCAUCUCUUCUUCUCCGGCUACGGACCUAACUUUGGUUCUUAACGUGGUAGCUCCUCAUUUAUGCAAGAGCAGAAAACUCUUGGGCGUUUCACCCCUCGAUUAGCUUCACUUAAAUUCAUCCUUUGAUGGGGUUUUCAUGCUCCUGGUUCCAUUGACCUUCCCCUCAUUCGUUCGGGAGGGUCUCUUCUCAUAUAUUUCCUACUUGUUGUUUGUUUUUUACUCUUUUAAUAUCCUUGCCUUUUAGAUCGAUCUCUAAAAUCUUCUUGUCACGAUUCUCCGCCGCGACUUCUCCGAGCAUCGUAACCUUCGCUGUAUCGUCCGCGGGGUAAGGACGCUGUCGUGGGUAAUGUAUCGGGCAGUUUAGCCAUUUAUUGCUCACAAUCGCGCAUUCUCCUCCCUGAGAAUCUCGCUGUGGCGCGAUCCUGUGGCGCGUAGAAAGGCGGGCUUUAUACUUCUUGGGGAUGGAAGUAGACCCUAGUCAGCACUCUAAUAUCUUUCUACUUCGCCCGCAUAUAGUCUUCGAGUUCUCAGUUCGUCAACGAUUUAAGUCGAUUAAUUGAUGGACUACAACAUUCGUGAUACUACUGGGCCCUAUCAACCUGGAGAGCUAUGUAUGGGGAUGCCUACUGAUCAGCACUUCAAAGAAACGAGUCAAGGCCUGACCAUGGAUGCCACGGCGGGAUCAGCCGCUGACAAAAAGCGCAAUAAACUGGGCUACCAUAGAACAUCAGUUGCAUGCGUACAUUGUAGGAGAAGGAAAAUUCGAUGCUUACUUGCCUCCGACGAUACGCGAUGCGAAAACUGCAUUCGGUUGAAGAAAGAGUGUCAUUUUUUCCCAGUGGAUCAACAACCACCUGUAGAACCGAAACGGUCUCGCGCAGGGUCGAAAGCUGGGACCACAUCAACCGAAGCAUCGAUAACCUCGUCACCGCCAGCGCUGGUAGGCGGAGGACUUAUGGACCAAACGGAUUCAUACUUCCAGUACGCACCAAUGUCGAUAAAUUCAGGGCAAGAUAUCUCCCCGUUUGAGCCCGGCCCGUACACCGCGACCCCCAUGUCGAAUUUCAGUCCAGAUCCUCUAAACACACACGAUUUAAGCGCUGUCCAACCUGUAAGCCAACCUGUACCGUGGGACGGUUCUUCAUAUUUUGAUCAAAACCUCCCCAGUGCAAUGGCGAAGUCGCAAAUGACUACCCCAACGAAUACCCUGUGGAAUCAUAUCCCACCAGUUGCACCUCUUUCCACGGCCCCAUCCAUUCCCGGGACUCCUCUCACUCCUGGCAUUCUUCCAUCAACCGGUGACCCAACAGCAUUCGGUAUGACCGACAGCUCUGUUUGGCCCGCACAGCCCACGAGAUCCGUAACUCUCGCCUCGGGUAAUCUGGCACAGUACCAAAACCAGUAUCAGCAACAAAUACCACCGGAAUUUAAACGUCGAAUGACUGCCCCCGGGGAAACAUAUGCCCGCCCAACGAAUACUUCAGUGCCGGAAUUACCAUCAUCGACUGCCCCUGUUUCUUAUACGCAAACACAAUCCUCAGUAGGCUAUUCCUCGUGGGAAGCAUACCAGGGGCAACCAACAGUACCUGCAAAUCCUAAUCAACCAGUUAUUGGGUCAACACCCUAUGGGCUAGGCGGAUGGUACGCAGCUGACCCCCAGCAGUACGCAAGGAUGAAACAGGAUGAAUAUCACAAUCCGUGAACCCUGCCUGACCAAAACACCGUCUGAUGCCGUGCUACAAUAUAUACGCAGAGGUCUAAAAGAAAGCAGAACUCACCGUACUAGACUUACUGUCAUAAAACUGGUGGUAUGGCUUCCUAGGCUACUCAGAAUCGGGGAGAGGAGAUGGAAUCCUUUCCCUGCUCUUGAUCUGUUUACGCUGGAUUUUUAGGAAAUUAUGCCACUUUGCGCCAAACUUUUGCACUUUCUGUAGUCGAUUUUGGAAUACUCUAGUGGCUGGCGCAAAAACAUCGAAUAUCAUAGGGAGUAAAAGGACAUGAAAACGAAGAUUUCUAACUGGAUAGAGCAAAACGGUUCCCACAUUCCGAAUGUCGCUUUUGUUGUCCUUGUUCCCUAUUACGACCAACGAGGUGUUUUUAUAUUCUGCCUAGCGGACUCUCCGCUUUUCUUUUGGGUUCAAUCUUUUUCCGCCAGACGAUUUUAAUGAUAUGCGGGCACAUUCAAUGACUCCAGCGAUUUCAGCCUCGAGGAUGAAUAAGAAUUAUCUUUCCAUUCCGCAACACUGUCCUUUAUUCCUUCAUCCGAUCUUUGGACUCCGAUACCCUUUCGCUUCCCGCUUGUGGCAUUACAAUUACGAAUCCGAGCCUAUUAUGAGGGAGAAUUUGUGAUAGUCGUUGUGCGGCUUACUGGCGAGAUACCUCUCCUAAGCAAUGUGUCUCCAGGCCCUUUGCAGUACCCUAUAUCGGCCUUAUAUGGCGUAUGACCAGAUGCUUCUGACUAUCUCCCCUCAGCAGCUGGUGAGAAAUUCUAUUGAUCAUACACGCGCCGCCGCCUCCACCUUGCUAGUUUUCGUCGAACACACAUGCUGCUCUUUUCUGGCGAUGGAUUGGAUGGCACUAACCAAUUUCCAAUGUUGAUUUAUUCCCCUCCCCGUUUUCCAAUUUCUAUGAUAUCCUAUCCCCUUUCCGUUUUGUUUCCUUGAGCCGACUGUCGCCUUCUCUCAAUCACCACUCUGAUGACAUUAUCACACGCCGAUUGCCUUUUGCUAGACUCCAAUUGGAAGCAGCACCUGCUCCCCCUCUCCCCCUCCGCGACAUACAUCCGAUUCUUCUUUAUUCACAAUAUCCUUCCUCGCGUUGACAUAGUAUCAUUUACUGGGCUGGCCCUACUGGAGAACUCAUAUGAAAGAAGAUUUAGCAGCUCUUUCCUCUUCAUCAUCUCCUUCUAUCUUUAUACUUUACUUCUUCCACCGUCCUAUAUUUUAUGUUGGGCCUCCUUUUUCUCUCCACUUUAUUCCCCCUUUUAUCUUUCCCUUUUUUCUUUUCUUUCCGAACCUUCUUGUAUUUCCCUCUCUGAUCUCUGCAUAUACUGUUUAGAUUGACAUGUUACUGGUAGAUAUAUCUCAAGAAAAUAAGGCGCGCGUGUGACUUUUAUAGCUAACGGAUGGCAAAAAAUGAUUACAAUUGGAUUAUUUACAGGGAAUUUGAAAUACCAGAGGAUUUCUUUUUCUGAUUAUAUGUCGUGCUUGUAUGAGUAUGAAUGUAACUUGUUUUUAUCAUCCUGUUAUAAUCUUUAAGAAACAUUUUAUUAAAUCUUGGGUAUAGUGAUAAAAUAUUUGCUUGCUA